GUUCUAUUGGAAUUUUACCUCAGCAGGAGAAGCAGCAAUGUCUGACAAAAAUGUUCUACAAGCUUGGGACUAUGUAAUAUUUGCCUCUAUGCUACUUGUAUCUACUAUAACUGGCAUUUAUUUUGCUUAUAAAAAUAAAAAGGCAAAGGGAUUAACUACAGAAGAAUGCUUGAUAGGAAGUCGACAAAUUUCUGCUUUCCCAAUUGCUCUUUCACUGGCUGCCAGUUUUUUGUCUGCUAUCACCGCAGAAGACGGAAAGAGAAGGUCGAGGGAACUGGCUGUAAGAUCCAAUCCGGCUGGAAUGCGUGAUUCUAUGGAGUCCAAGAUGGGAGGUUCUACUGGUGAUCAGUGAAUGGGAAUCGGCACCAUGAGUAAGAGAUACAUCCAGCUUUUGGAAGAUAUGAGCUCUACCUUGUGCACAUUUGAUUGGUUUAAUUAAUAUGGUCCCUUCUAUUUUCCUUUUUUUUCUUUAAUAACUGUUUCAUUAAGCUGAAAUUCAUAAAUAAACCUUGUUUAUAAAUGUGCGCAGUGAACAAUCUGGUAUUUCUUAACAACGGACAUUUGCAUGUGGGUAGUAUUUACACAGUAUUUGCUCAGAUUGAGUUUGGGGUGGUUGAAACAUCCCAACUUUCCGGUCUGGUGGGUCCAAAGUCAUACUGACUCUAGACAUAUGGAGUUCGAGAAAGGCGAAUUUCUUACUGCUGAGUUCAGUGGCUGUUAGCGAGUGGCUAAUGUGCCGUGUUUCUGGAGAAACCUGGUAAAAAAAAAAGGGGUUUCAUAACAUUUAAAGAGGUAAGCUAAAUCAAAUUUCAUUAACAGUAGUAUGGAUUGCAGAGAAACACAAAAGGUUACU